UGCUGUCACUGGUCAUGAGUGCUGGAGAAACGGGUGUUGCUAUGGUGAUGUCAGUCAAAAUGGCUCCUCCUCUUCCUCUGAUCUUCCUGCUCAUGAUUCACAGGGUUUCUAGUGCUGAUUGGGGUGUGAGUUACAGUCAUUCAAACAUCUGUGCACUAAUAAACUCAUCAGUGAUAAUGAACUGCACUUAUAAAUACCCUACUGGAUAUCAGAUCAAUAAAGUGUUCUGGACCAAAAACCUUGUAAGAGUUGGUAAAGAGCAUCCAGAUCUGUCUGAGGAUCCUGAAUACAGUCAGAGGCUUCAGUAUCUGGGAGAUAAACAGCAGAACUGCACCAUCAGACUGAAUAAUGUGACACAGAAAGAUUCACACAUGUACUAUUUCAGAUUCAUCACUGAUAAACCUGUUGGCAAAUGGCUUGGUAAACCAGGAGUGAGUCUUACUGUCACAGAUCUUCAGGUGGAGUCUCCUGAGAGAGUGACAGAAGGAGGUAAUGUCACUCUGACAUGUAAAAGCAGCUGCACUCUGACUGACAGAGCAACAUUCAUCUGGUACAGAAACUCACAGCCAUUAACUGAGAGAAGAGACAGAAACAAUGAACUCCUGCUGCAGUCAGUCAGAAGAGAGGAUGCAGGCAGAUAUAGCUGUGCUCUACAUGGACACACUUACAUCUCUCCUGCUGUUUAUCUCAAUGUCACAGAUCCUCCCGGGAAUGGCUCAGUGUCCAUAACUGGAUCUGGUGAAACAGUGGAAGAACGUCUGGUGAUAUUGUACAUAUCCAUUGGAGUGGUUUGUGGAGUUGCAGUUAUCAUCACAUUGUUGCUGAUUUGGAGAAGCAGAAUAAAGAAGAGAAAAAACACACUCGAAACUCAGAUGAAUCAUUCCACACCUGAUCAUGACAAAUGUACAGCAUCUGAUGUUGAAUCGACUGAACCUUUGUAUGGGAAUGUAACAAUGAAUAGUUCCAGACCUUGUGAUAUUGAGAUGAGUGAACCUGUGUAUGAGAAUACAACAUGUGUUAGGCUGUAGUGUUUGGGACACGUGGCAAAACAUUUUACAGCCUUUUUCUGUCUCUUUGUGGGUGGAGCUCUGAAUGAUUGACAGUAGUGUCUUGAUUUACAGAAAUUAAUUUAACAAUUAGUUUUAUCCAGAGUGACUUACAAAUGAUUGUCAAAAGAGCCAAAAGUUUCUGUACACAAUGCCAAGUUUAAUGUGUUACUGAAGUGAUAUGAGAAUUAUUUUAUUUAGGUGCUGAUAAAAUUAUAUUAUGAAUUGAUACUACCAUUCCACACGUAAUUCUGCAAAUUAUGCAACAUCUCAAACACAGCCACAGAAUCUGUAAGGAACGCAGUGAAAAAAAAAAAAAAAACAAACAAACAAAAAGAUCUAAAUAUUUUUAAACUUUUGUUUUGUUUUUUAACUUGACAAGAAAAGGCUAUAUUAUUUGGGACACAAAUCAGCGAGUGUCCCAAGUGACCAAAGUGACUUACAAAUGAUGACCUUUAUAACUUCCUGAGGAAAAAAACAAAACACAAACACAAUGCCAAAUUUAAAAUUUAAGUUAGAGUAAUAGAUCACUGAAUUGCUAAAAUGAUGGAGGAUAAGUUGAAGACCUGUGUGAAGUAAUUUGUGAAAACAAUCAUGGAAUAUCACGAAUUGAGAGAAAUAGUGUUUUUCAUUUACAUUUUGUGUAAUACAGUUUGUUUACUUCAUGUAUGUGUGUUAAGUUGUUUCAGCCUUUAGUCUCAUUGUUCAUGUUUUCAGGGCAGAAAAUAAAGCUCUAUAAUGCAACAGUUUACUGUCUUAUGUCAUUCA